CCAAAUAGAUGGAACAGCAGGACCACAUUUGGAAACUUGUAGUACUGACUUUACUACUGUUACCCAUCUCCACCAAACCAAUCAGCAGUCCAGUAAGAAAAGUGUUUUAUGUGACUAGCAGUGGGGCGGUAACUAAGCAACAGGCUGCACCGGCUGCUGCUCGGGUGGACUUCAAAGACUUGAUGGAAAAGACAGGCUGGGCGUUCCUAACAAUCACUACAAACUCCUCUGUGAGCGAUGAAGAACAGGCUAGGGCAGCAGGGAUCGGAGAGGGAUAUGCUACUGCCACUCGUAUACUACAAAUGUGGACAAAUACUAUGUCGGGAUACUGCCGUCCAGAAAAGUCGUCUGAUUAUUGUGAUAAACUCAAAACGUACAUGGAUUCAAACCAAAAAUGGAUGAGAAUAAUGAUUCAGAAGAAUAAAGACGUGUCCCCUUAUUGGCAUCAUGUUAAUCUGCUGCUCUUACAAAUAGAGGGAAUGUACGAGGGGUUCAACAUGGUCCACCCCGGUAUUCUCACGCUCUCCGAUUUUUAUCUGCUUAACUUCAGCCUCGACCUCAUAGAUAUGGAGGAUGCACUAGGGACGGAUGAGAUCGGAUAUCACAGAGAUGUCUAUGGACUGGGUACCCCAGUAGGGAAGAUUACCCGAGAAAAAGAACGGAUGUUAGAGAGGGUGCUAGGAUCUGGACAUUGCACUGCUCUAGUGAAAUGGACAGUUGACGACCUCCUGGUGUCACAUGUUACUUGGAACGAUUACUCCGCCAUGGUCAGAGUAGUUAAAAGCUACAAUUUCAAUUAUAGGUCAGGACCGGGGACUCAGAGUGUGAUGCCGGGUAAGAAACAAGUGUUCACCAGUUACCCAGGGUAUGUCUUCAGCGGAGACGACUUCACUCUUAUCAGCAGUGGUUUGGCGGCCCAGGAAACUACACUACCUACCCUUAACCCAGAUCUGUGGAAGUAUAUCAAGCCGGAGGGAAGUGUACCGGAGUAUAUGAGAGGGGUAGUGGCUAACAGAUUAGCACGGACCGGGAGGGAGUGGUGCGAGGUGUUCAGGAGGUUCAACAGCGGUACUUACAACAAUCAGUGGAUGAUUGUCGACUACAAUCUCUUCACCCCCAACACUCCCCUCAAACCAGGUACUCUACAUGUUAUGGAGCAGCUGCCUGGAACUGUUAUCUAUGAAGACCAAACAGAUCUCCUGACCACACAACAAUACUUCCCCAGUUACAAUCUACCCUUCUAUCCCACUAUCUUUAACAUGUCCGGUAUUCAGCAGUUUGUUGACAAGUUCGGGGACGUUUUCUCCUACGACAACAACCCGCGAGCUCUCAUCUUCAAGAGGGAUGCAAACAAAGUAACCGACAUGGGCUCUCUUUACAAGUUGAUGAGAUAUAACGACUAUCAGCACGAUCCUCUUGCUAAAUGUGCCUGCAGUCCCCCCUACUCAGCCAUAAACGCUAUCUCAUCACGGAGUGACCUAAAUCCUGUCAAUGGAACUUAUCCUAUGCCCUUAUUUGGUAGUCAACCCUCGGGUGGUAUAGAUUACAAGGGAACUAACUACAGUCUGAUGAAGAAGUUAGGGAUGAGAAUUGCUGGAGGACCUACUUGGGAACAACAACCACCAUUCAGGUGGUCUACCUCAAGCUACUCCAAUGUUUCUCACCAAGGAAUGGCAGAUCUUCAACAGUUUGACGAAAUGUCUGUAGUAUUUGAAGACGUUAAACCUUUUUUCUAAAUUGGAAGUAACCUAGAGAAUGUGGUAUGUGUAAAGUUGCGGAGGGGAGAGCUCAUGUAAUUUGUAAUUUGUAAUCCUAUAGAUGUAGAUUCUGGAGGUAAGUGACAUUGAUUUUGGGGUUUGAUUGGUCAAUAAUGAAGCCGAUUGGUUUAUUGCUAUCACGUGUAACCAGAAUCCACAUCGACGGUUAAAAUUAAAUUUUAAAUUAUUUUGUUAUUUCUGAGGUUUUUGUAAUAAGUAAAAUAAAAUGUAAGUUUCUAUACAAAAAAUCAAAUGAACAUAUUGUAUUGUUUAGGUCAUCACACUAUAUAUAUAUAUAUAUAUAUACAUCGCACUACUGCGGUUUAGUUUUUAGUGGUUUUUAUUAUGUGCUCAAAUAUGCAACAUUGUUUACCUGUGUAAAUUUAUUUAAAACAUCGACCCUGAAUAUCAGCAUAAAAAUGUCUUGAUAACCUAUGAAAUUUCGGUCCAGGAAAUUUCUUCUUUAAUCUUUAAAGAUGGGACAAUAUUACUUUUACAUUU